CUACUCUCUUUUUAAAGAUGAAAGGAUAUUCAUUAGAACAAGAUCUAAGAUUAUUAUUUAAUAAUCCAAAGUAUAGUGAUAUAGAAAUUUUAUGUAAAGAUGAAAAGAAAUUAUAUGCAUCCAGGAUAAUAUUAGCGGCAAGAUCAGAAGUAUUUGAUGGGUUAUUUUAUAAUGGAAUGAAAGAAAGUUAUGAAAAUCAAAUUUUCUUUCCAACAGUUGAUUCUUCUACAAUGGAAAUUAUAUUAGAAUAUACUUAUACUGGAUCUAUUAAGGAGGAAUGUUUAACAAUUGAUAAUAUAGUUGAAGCUUUUAGUGCAGCAGACUAUUUUCAAUUACUAAAACUUCAAGAGUUUAUUAUUAGAACUGUUAAAAAUACUUUAGAAAAGGAUUAUAAAAAUAAUUAUUCACCUGAAUUGUUUUCUAAAGUCGUAGAUACAAUGGUAUUGACAGAAAAUAAUGUUCUUCUUAAUUUAUUGGUUGAAACGGUAUCAACUAUUCCAUUAAAUACCAUUGAAUUUGGUCGAUUAUCUAUUAAAGCCCUUCAAUAUCUCUUAUCUUGUACGCAUAAAAAGAAGAAACCCUUUGCAACUCCCGAAUAUGAAGUUUUUCGGUAUAGUGCCAUUCUUGCAGCAAAACAAGUUUCUAAUGAUGCAUUUAUAACACUUACGAAGCAGUUACCAACAUUAAAACAAAUAAACAAAUCAUACAAAGUAAAAAAUGGAUCACCUGAUGAUGUGAAUCGACAAGAAAUCGCCAAAGAAUUGAAACCUUUGGUUAAAUUUAUUGAUUUCGGACAAAUUCAAAUUAAAAUAAUAAUUGAUAUUAUUGAGCCUCUAGAAAUAACUCCUAGUGUGAGGGUUUAUGGACAUCAAAUUAGAUCACAAAAUUCGGGCAUAAAUUAUAUCCGUGGAAUACCAUCAUUAUAUAAAUUUGCUUACGUUUGGGACAGAUCAAGAUGUGGAUCUAAUUUAAUUAUUGAAGAUAAUGGGGAAGUUGUGCAGGCAGCAAGCGAUUGUAGAAACUAUCAAAGUGUUAAAGCAAAAAUCGCAUUUGAAAGUAAGGAACUUUUUGAAUGGGAGAUCACUGUCGAAGUAUUUCGAGACACCGUCUGGGUGGGGUUAACUUCGAGGAAAGGCUUCGCCUGGGCGAUAGGUUCAGAUGGAUCAUAUUAUAAUGCUGAUUCUAAAACAAAGGAAAAAACUAAAAACUAUUGUCGGCCUUUCGGACAAGGCACAAAAGUUAUUGUUCAUUUAGAUAUGAAUAAAAGAACUUGUGCUUUUACGGUUGAUAAUAUUAGAUACCCUAUAAUAUCAAAAUGGGAUAACCUACCAUCAAAAGUUUAUCCACUAGUAUUUUUAAAUUAUCCUAGUCGGAUUCGAAUUCAACCUCGGUAGUAAAUUAUUAUGACUUGUACGUUCAAUUCACGAAUUUUAUGAUAGAUACGUAAUGAUUUUUCUAUAAGUUACAAUAUCCGUAAUAUCUAUAAAUUACAUUAAUAAAGCUUAUCUGAAUUUAAUGAUAA